AUGGACCCCCCCGCUGAACAGUCGAAAAGCGCCUUGAAGAAGGCUGAGAAGCAGGCCAAGCUGGCUGCCGAAAAGGCGGCAAAGGCUGCAAAGAAAGCCUCUCUUCCCGUUGUUGGAGGCAAGAAGAUGGACGAGAUUAUUGGAAUUACUCAUUCCAAGGCGGAGAACUUCUCCGCAUGGUAUCAAGAGGUAGUCCUUAAGGCCGAAAUGGUCGAAUACUACCAUGAAAUUUCGGGCUUUUUUGUUCUGCGUCCUUUGUCUAUGCACAUCUGGAGCACUAUCCGCAAAUGGUUCUCGGGCCAUAUCGAAGAACUUGGUGUGGAAGAAGCUAGCUUUCCUCUCUUCCUUUCCAAGACGUCGCUCGACAAGGAGAAAGACCACGUCGAUGGCUUCGCGCCUGAACUUGCUUGGGUUGAGAGAGCUGGUGACAAAAAGCUCGAUGUUCCUGUCGCCAUUCGUCCAACUUCCGAGGCUGUCAUGUAUCCUUACUACGCAAAAUGGAUUCGCAGCCACCGAGACCUUCCCCUCCGACUGAACCAGUGGAACUCGGUCGUGCGCUGGGAAGCUAAGCAGACCACGCCGUUCCUCCGAACUCGAGAAUUCUUAUGGCAAGAAGGCCACACUGCCCAUCUGACUGAAGAAUUGGCAGGGGAAGAAGUACUGGAAAUUUUGGAGCUGUACGCAGGUGUGUACGAGCAGCUUCUAGCCGUACCUGUAGUCCGGGGCAGGAAGACUGAGAACGAGAAGUUUGCUGGAGGAUAUUAUACUACAACCGUCGAGGGAUACAUUCCUUCCAACGGUAGAGGUAUUCAGGGAGGCACGUCCCAUUGUUUGGGACAAAACUUCAGCAAAAUGUUCGAAAUCACAGUCGAAGACCCUCACAACAAGGGUCAGCACGUCCAUGUGUGGCAAAACUCUUGGGGCCUGUCCACCCGAGUCAUUGGUGUAAUGGUCAUGGUGCAUGGUGAUGACAAGGGUCUUGUUCUUCCUCCUCGUGUCGCCCAGACCCAAGCCAUUUUUAUCCCUGUUGGUAUAAACAAGAAUACCACUCCUGAGGACAGACAGAAGCAUGAAGAUCAGAUUGAGGAUAUGCGUGCAACUCUGAAAAAGGCUGGUGUUCGCACGCAGUCAGAUUGGAGAGAGGGCUACACCCCAGCCUGGAAGUUCAACGACUGGGAGAUGAAGGGCGUUCCAGUGCGACUGGAGUUUGGACCCAAGGAUGCCGCCAAGGAAGUCGUUUCCUUUGCUCGGCGCGACACUGGUGAGAAAGGAACCAUCCCUAUCGCCGACAUUGCGACCAAGAUCCCUGAGCUCUUGGAGACUAUCCAAGCGGACAUGUACAAGAAAGCGGAGUCCUCCUUCGCCGAGCACCGCAAGAAGAUCACCAAGUGGGAAGACGUGCUUCCCGCCCUUGAUGAAAAGAACGUUGUCCUUAUUCCUUUCUGCUUGGAUGGCAAGUGUGAGGACCGCAUCAAGGAACUGACCACGCGCGCGGAUGACAACCGAGAUGUCCCUGAGAAUCAAAAGGUCCCUUCCAUGGGCAUGAAGAGUCUUUGCAUUCCCUUUGAGCAGCCCCAAGGGAGCGAGCUUGUCCCCGGUGAAACUGCCUGCUUGAACCCGGAAUGCUCCGGCAAAGCACAGAAAUGGGUCAUGUUUGGCAGGAGCUACUAG